GAAAAUAAUGAGACAGUAGAAGGCGACUCUGUUGUUGUGCGUGGUAGGUCUCAGCCAUAGUCGGCUCUACCUUAUUGUCCUUGUACUUAGAUUAGUAGGUAGGAUACGUACGUAUAGACUUGCCGGGAGCAAAUUGAUCUUCUUCGAUAUCGUCCAAGAUGGCCAUAAAGUUCAGAUUAUGUGCAAUCUCCGCCAACUGCCCGAGAUAACCCCCGAAGCCUUCAAAAAGCUCUACCGUCUGCUUCGCCGCGGUGAUGCUUUCUCCGUAACAGGUAAACCUCACCGUACUGGACGAGGAGAGCUCACGGUUGUGGCCACGGAAUUGCCUCAACUUCUGGCUCCUUGUCUCCAUGAUAUUCCCCUGGAUGCGAAGGAGCACGAGAACUCGCCAUACCCCCGUCAUGUUCAGUUCCUCGCAGACCAGACCACGACCGACAUUAUAAAGGCACGUUCGCUGAUCGUCCAAUAUCUGCGUCAAUUCUUCCUUGACCGGUCUUUUAUGGAGGUCAGCACUCCCAUCGUCAAUUCGAUCGCCGGCGGAGCCAUUGCUCGUCCCUUCUACACCUCUGCGACUGAAUUUCCCGAACGUCAACUAUCUCUCCGGAUUGCACCAGAGCUGUGGUUGAAGCGUUUGGUAGUGGGGGGUUUCGAUAAGGUGUUUGAAAUUGGACCGUCGUUUCGCAAUGAAGGCAUUGACAAAACCCAUAACCCUGAGUUUACAACAUGCGAGUUCUAUCAUGCAUACGCCAAUCUGGAAGACCUUUUGUCCAUGACAGAGAAUUUGCUAUCCGGCAUGGCACAGCAUAUCCGCGAGUUUAACAAAGACGCUACCCUGAAGCCCACCGGGGUUGACUUCUCAACGCCAUUCCGCCGGAUCGAUUUUAUCUCUGGUAUCGAAGAGAAGAUCGGCCGCAAGCUCCCGGACCUCACGUCUCCGGAUGCUCUGAUCCAGGUUAGACAGCUCUUCAAAGACUUAUCCCUCGAGAUUCCGGAGAGGCCUACGCUUCCCCGAUUGUUGGAUGAACUUUGCAGCAUCUAUGUUGAACCAGAAUGCGUGAGCCCAACUUUUAUCAUCAACCCUCCCGAAUGCUUGUCCCCUUUGUCAAAAUCCUUUAUUCACCCGGAUACUGGUCAACGUGUCGCCGCGCGUGGAGAGCUCUUCAUCGAAGGGAGAGAGAUAGUGAAUACCUACGAGGAAGAAAACUCGCCAUCUGAGCAGAGACGCAAGUUUGAUGAUCAAGUACGCUACAGCAAGGAUGCAGACGAGUCAACAGAAAUCGACGAGAGUUACCUCGAGGCGCUGGAAUGGGGCCUGCCGACUACAGGUGGCUGGGGGUGCGGAAUUGACCGUCUCUGCAUGCUCUUUACCGGCGCAAAGAAGAUCGGAGAAGUCCUGCCAUUUGGGACCCUACGUUCCGUGACCCGACGAUGAAGCCCUCCAGGCUGGCGAUGCCUACCGUACUUCUUCCUAGGUGUCUAGACAAACAACCUGCAAUUGUACAAUAUAAGAACCAUAGUACUCGGAACUCAUAACUAUACGCACACCAUCGUCAUAAUAAAACUUAACUCUGAACCACCAACCCUCUCACUAAUAGAC